AUGUUGACCGUCAUCCGGAAGAGUAAAACUGGGAACAUGUUGGAGGAUUUAUAUAGCAAAGAGUUUGAAGUCCUGCAUAUGAUGGUGACACAUCACACCAAAGAGGAUCGUCGAGCGUUGCAAAUAGCAGAGGAAUCGAUGAACCAUGACGAGAAACGAUUUCGUAUCGGAUUAACGUGGAAAACCAAACAACUAAGAUCUAGUGAUUAG